AUGGACUCCUCGUCCUCCUCGUCCUCCUCCGUUGGAUCUCCACUCUCUGAAAGCACUCAAUCCCCUGAAAACACUUCACCGCUGCACUCCUCCUCCGUCGGAUUUCCUCUCUUUGGAAACACCCAAUCAUCCCAAAUAUCCUCGCCGAUCCCUUCCUCGUCGGUCGCAAUCCCUAGCUUUGAGAUCACCCAAUCUAUGCAAAACCCCCAAUCCAACCCGGAAGCACAAAUAGUAAGCAACGGACCACCGACGCUGAUGGUCUCCGAUGCAGAAUGGAACCGAGAACUUGCUCGCUUGUUCUUCGAUUUUAACUUCUGCUUCUUCAUGAAGGGAGGGCCAUGCCAGGAACGCUUCCUGAAUUGGUAUAGGUGCACGCACCGCGUCGUCUAUGUCGGCGGGUACUUGACUGAAUGCGCCAGAUUGGCCGGCCUUCUUCGGGACUGUGCCUUCUCGAACCGAGAUUACCAUCAAUCCCUUCUUGGGCAUUUCUCGGAAAGAGCCUGUCGUGAUAGAAGCCGUCGAGAUAGAAGCCACCAGUAA